AUGCAGGCUAACCUAUGCAAACACGACGGAGGCGGCGGCGACGACGACAGCUACAGCGGCGGCCUCUCACUGCUGGAGGACAUCAUCUUGGAGGUGCUACUCAGGCUGCCGGCGAAGGCCCUGUGCCGGUUCCGGUGCGUGUGCCAGCCCUGGCGCGCCCUCAUCUCCGAUCCAUCCUUCGUCGCCGCGCAGAGAUCCCGUGCCACCGGCCCGUUCAUCGUCGCCGUGUUCGGAUCCACACCAGAGCACGAGCUGCGGCUGCUGGACAAGGGCGGUAACGUCCUCAGCGUGUUCGACGUCAGGGGCGGCACAGCAUUGCUGGCGCCGACGCGCCUCGACCUCGUCUUCGUCGACAGGGCGGAGCUCGGUGCCAUGAUCAUCGAUCCGGCGUCCGGGCGCCACUUCACCGUCGUCGGCACGAACGAUCCCCUGCCGCCCUGGUGGGCCCCGACGUCUACGUCGUCGACCGCCGUGAGUGACUACAGCUUUGGCCGUGCCGCAGCGUCCGGCGACUAUAAGGCAACCGUUGAUGGCAUCAUCUACUUCAUGCCUUACAUCACUUACCCAAUAUCUCAUGCUGGGAAUCGCAUAGCCGCAUUCGAUCUCGGGAGCGAGGAGUGGAAACCAGAGACGAUCCAAUGCCGGCCUUUGGAGCACAGCAAGGAGGAGGACGCAUGGGACGUUGGCCUAACCGAGCUCAAGGGAACCUUGUGUGUGGUGCAAAACAUACGACAUCUCGGUUCUUUGGGUGGCCACUAUGUCAACAUAUGGCUCUUGAUGGAUCCUAACAAGGGUAUUUGGGUCAAGGAGUAUAGGAUACAGACGCCUGGAAGAUUUUUGUUGUCUACGAAGCCAUUGGAUGUCUUUGGUGAUGGCACCAUGUUAUUACUAUUGAAUGUGUCCUGGAAAGCAAUGAAUGCCAAGAGUUACUUUCUUCAGUUCUACAACUCUAGCACCGAGGAUUUUACGGACUUCAUGGAGAUGGCACAUGGCUUCAAUGGUACAAUGACACAUUACACUGGGAGCCUCCUAUCUUAA